CUCUCUGCAGCCCGCCCGCUGACGAGUGCGGCUGCGCGUCGCUGAGAUGCUGAGCUGUCUCUCAACUUUGUCUUGCUGGCAGGAAGUGGCCCCUGUGCAGGAAGUGGAGAUUUCCACGCAGAUGCGGACUGUCUACCUGGCGCUGUCGUUUCCCAUCCUUUCUGUUCUGUCUGUCACGGCGUCUUCCUUCUUCCCUUCCCUUUCCCCUGUGGUGGGGUGAGGUUAAUCAUCUGGUACCUUCUCCCGAUCCUUCUUCUUUACCCGGUUCUGCGCCUCCACGGACAGGAUGCUAAAGAAAUUUGACAAGAAGGAUGAGGAGUCAGGGGGAGGUUCCAAUCCCUUCCAACACUUGGAAAAAAGUGCUGUGCUGCAAGAAGCCCGAGUUUUCAACGAGACACCUAUAAAUCCUCGGAAAUGCGCUCAUAUCCUCACAAAGAUUUUGUAUCUCAUAAACCAGGGAGAGCAUCUUGGUGUGAUGGAAGCCACCGAAUCGUUCUUUGCAAUGACCAAACUGUUCCAGUCCAAUGAUUCAACUCUCCGCAGAAUGUGUUACCUGACCAUCAAAGAGAUGUCUAGCAUUUCGGAAGAUGUCAUUAUAGUAACAAGCAGCUUAACAAAAGAUAUGACAGGAAAGGAUGACAACUAUAGAGGCCCUGCUGUGCGAGCACUCUGCAAAAUUACAGAUACCACCAUGCUGCAAUCUAUUGAGCGCUACAUGAAGCAGGCGAUCGUCGACAAGGUUCCCAGUGUGUCCAGCUCUGCCUUGGUGUCCUCUUUGCAUCUUCUAAAGACGAGUUUUGAUAUAGUAAAACGUUGGGUGAAUGAAGCUCAGGAGGCAGCAUCUAGUGAUAAUAUCAUGGUCCAAUAUCAUGCUCUUGGCUUGCUGUAUCACAUUCGUAAGAAUGAUCGCUUGGCUGUCAACAAGAUGCUUAACAAGUUCAUGCGUCAUGGGUUGAAGUCACCUUUUGCCUAUUGCAUGAUGAUUCGAGUCGCCAGUAAGCUGCUUGAAGAAGAAGCUGGAGGCCGGGAUAGUCCACUGUUUGAUUUCAUUGAAAACUGCUUACGGAACAAGCAUGAAAUGGUGGUCUAUGAAGCAGCAUCGGCCAUUGUUAACCUGCCUGAAUGCACAGCUAAGGAACUAGCACCUGCUGUGUCUGUGUUGCAGUUGUUCUGUAGUUCACCCAAAGCAGCUCUUCGCUAUGCAGCCGUCCGAACCCUCAACAAGGUUGCCAUGAAGCAUCCGUCUGCUGUGACUGCCUGUAACCUUGACUUGGAGAAUCUCGUGACCGACUCCAAUCGCAGCAUUGCUACCUUGGCCAUCACAACUCUAUUGAAAACUGGCAGUGAGAGUAGCAUUGACCGUCUCAUGAAACAGAUCUCCUCAUUCAUGUCUGAAAUCUCGGAUGAGUUCAAGGUUGUGGUGGUUCAGGCUAUCAGUGCCCUCUGUCAAAAAUAUCCACGCAAGCAUGCUGUCCUUAUGAGUUUCCUCUUCACAAUGCUACGUGAGGAGGGUGGCUUUGAUUACAAACGAGCCAUUGUUGAAUGUAUCAUCGGUAUCAUAGAAGAAAAUGUUGAAAGCAAGGAAACCGGCCUCUCCCACCUAUGCGAGUUCAUUGAAGAUUGUGAAUUCACUGUCCUGGCCACCCGAAUUCUCCACUUGCUGGGCCAGGAAGGGCCAAAGACCAACAAUCCUUCAAAAUAUAUUCGUUUCAUUUACAACAGAGUCGUCUUGGAACAUGAAGAAGUCAGGGCAGGUGCAGUGAGCGCUCUGGCUAAAUUUGGGGCUCAGAAUGAGGAAAUGCUACCAAGCAUCCUAGUGUUACUGAAAAGGUGUGUGAUGGAUGACGACAACGAAGUCAGAGACAGGGCUACUUUCUACUUAAGCGUAUUGGAGCAGAAGCAAAAGGCCCUCAACGCUGGCUACAUUCUGAACGGAUUGACAGUAUCUAUCCCUGGCCUAGAGAGGGCUCUGCAUCAAUAUACUCUGGACCCCUCUGAAAAACCCUUUGACCUCAAGUCCGUUCCCUUGGCAACUGCCCCCAUCAUGGAACAAAGAGCAGAAAACACUCCCACCUCUACAGUGAAGCAGUUAGAGAAAAUAGCAACAACCCGACAAGAUAUAUUCCAAGAGCAAUUGGCUGCUAUUCCAGAGUUCCAGGGUCUUGGCCCACUGUUCAAGUCCUCUCCUGAGCCAGAGGCACUUACGGAAUUAGAAACAGAAUAUGUGAUCUAUUGUACAAAGCACACGUUCUCCAAUCACAUGGUAUUCCAGUUUGACUGCACAAAUACAUUGAAUGAUCAGAUCCUGGAAAAUGUCACAGUGCAGAUGGAGCCAACGGAGGGAUAUGAGGUCAUUGCUUAUAUACCUGCCAAAAGCUUGCUCUACAAUCAGCCUGGUACUUGUUACACGCUGAUUGCUUUGCCUGAAGAGGAUCCCACAGCAGUGGCUUGCACUUUCAGCUGCAUGAUGAAAUUCACUGUGAAAGAUUGCGAUCCAAACACUGGUGAAACUGAGGAAGAGGGCUAUGAGGAUGAAUAUGUGCUAGAAGAUCUGGAAGUAACCGUAGCAGAUCACAUCCAAAGAGUUUUGAAGCCAAAUUUUGGAGCAGCCUGGGAGGAAGUUGGUGAUGAAUUUGAAAAAGAAGAGACUUUCACAUUGUCUACUGUUAAAACACUGGAAGAGGCAGUGGGUAACAUUGUGAAAUUCCUAGGAAUGCAACCAUGUGAGCGGUCAGAUAAAGUCCCGGAUAACAAGAACUCUCAUACUUUGUACCUGGCAGGUGUAUUUCGAGGUGGUCAUGACCUCUUGGUUCGUUCUCGCCUUGUCCUCACAGAAAUUGUGACAAUGCAAGUCACAGCUCGGAGUAAAGAAGAACUUCCUGUGGAUAUUGUCAUGGGUUCUGUUGGCUAAGCUCAUUUUCAAGCUGCCUGUUUCAGACCCCCAAGGCUGAAGGGAGAAUUAGAGGUCUCUUUCUACUGCUCUGGACAUUGGGAGAAAUAUUAGAACACUGGCAUCAGUUCUUUCUCUAAUUAGAAAUGAAAGCUACUUGUGUAGGUUUAUAACCACAAGAAUGUUUCUGUGAAAUAAUGAAUUGGUUAUUUCUUCAUGUUUGCCAGGCUACUUCAAAAGAACAUACCAAGGUGCCUAAUAACACUAAAGUAUUUGGCUGUAGCUCCUGUUCUGGUCACCAUGUGUCAGAUCCAUUAUGUGAUUAGCCAGAGCCUUUACAACUAGGGCAAUUGUUAUAUUUUAUGACCUUUCUAAACCCUUACAUAUAUAUUAUAAAAUAAAAAUAUGGAUUUUAUGCCACCAAUGCCGCUACUCUCAAGAAUAUGAAAAUAAAUACAUUUUAUCUCUUGCCCAAAUGAUAUUGAAAAGACAUUCACAGCACACAGGUCUAGUUGAUUUGGUUGAUUUAUAUCAAACUUGCCUUCAUUUUCAAAUUAUUGAUAUCAUUUGUAGGCAGCCUGAUUUGAAGAAGUGUUAGGGUGAAAAUGAAUCAGGAAUAUGAAUUUCACAAGAAACGCAGGUAAUCUAGAGUAGAAAACCAGAAUGAAAAAAUGCUGAAGCAUCCUUUAUUUCAAAUCAUGUCAUUUUUAUGUAUUGAUAUUUAGAAAAGGGAAUAUUUAGGGAAAUUGCUCAUUUUCAUAUUGCUUCACGUUUCUAAAAGUCAUUUGUUUCAGUAAAACAGCCUACAUUGUUUUAUGAGUGGGCAUCUAUUACUGUGGUUGAGUUUGAUUUUGUAAAGGCUGAUAUUGUGCUUUGUUCUAUUCUGACUAGAUUUUAUACAUAAAUGUUGUGCCAUAUAAUGAAAGAAUAAACAAUGUUUAACAUUCUUAUAAUUUGCAUAGCUAAUUAUCAGAAUUGUGAUAAAAUGAGGUGUAUACUGCUAGAUUUCAGUUUUUCAUGGUUUUAGCAAAAAUAGAUUAGGAUGAAGAUAUAAGAUCAUCCAUUAUGCUAAUAUACAUUAAAAAAAUUAAUCCAGUUUCUCCAACCUGAUAUCCCUCAAAGUGUAAGGACCUUACAAAUUUUGUACUAGAUAUAGAAAUAUAAAUUAAGAACCUUAUAUUUUGUUUAUUGCAAGUUUAAUGUUGAAUGGAUUAUAUACUCUGCAAACAAAGCUAGAGUUUUUUCAGACUGAAAAUCUACUCAUAGAUGUGCUGCAAAAUUUAUAUUUGAACUUUAAAAAAUAAUAUCUAUCAGAUUAACAAGAUAUGACUUGAGUCCAAAUUUGCCCUACAAUGUCUCUAAUUCCAGAGAAAAGUAGGAAGAGGCAGAGAAAUAUAUAUAUAAAUACUGUAAAGGAUGAGAGACCAUUUUACACAGGGAUGAACAUAUAAUACAAUACUACAAAGAAGAUAGAGAUCAACAGAGGUAAAGAAGAGAUGCUGUUCAUGUAUGAAAGACCCCCCCCCACACACACACACAAAUUGCUGAUAGACGUAAAGCUAGAUGCAAAUAUUUUGGAAAGCAAGUUAAAUGAGUUCUAAAAAUAUUGCUGAGCAGAAAGCUGCAAGAGUUGAUGAAAUGCCAGCAGAACAGAAAUCUCCAAACUUUUCAGCUUAUUGACCCUUUCAUCACAUUUCAGAUUGUUCAUCAACCCCUAAACAUUUAUUAUGUGAAAAUACAAUAUUUAGAUAGUCCCACAACCCAUGGAGUCAAUAUUCACUACUUUGGGGAACCCGAGUUUAAAAUCUUACAAAAUUAGGCUGCUAAUAUACUGCUUGUAAUUGGUAAGCAGAUAUGGAAACAGUUGAGGUCAGAGAACUGAAAAAGUUCAAACUGUAAUCUAGUAUCCAGGAAGGCAGUGUUGAAAAAGCUCCACUACCUCUAUGUACUACAGAAUUUGUAUGGUAACCAGCAACAGUAAAAAUGGAGUUAAUUAGUUCAAAAUUAAAAAAGAAGUAUGACAAAGUUAUAUACUAUUAACCUAUUUAAAUUAAAUGCAGAUAUAUAAAGAGAAAUGCUAGACUAGAAAAAAAAAUUGCAAAUGUUGAAAGAAAUACUGUACAUUACUAACAAUCUGAGGUAUGCAAAUAAUUCAAUUUUGACUGCUGAGUACAAGAAAGAUUUAAGAGCUGUUUUGUUGAAGGUGAAAGAAGAACCUUCAACAAAAGAUUAUUUAAGUCUUUCUUGCUUC